CGUCCGGAGACUGGCGGCGGCGCGGCGGCGGCGGCGGCAACGGCGGCGGCGGCCGGAGGAGCUUGAGCCUCAGCGGCUUGAGGCGGGCGGGCGGGCGGGCGCGGGGGAGCCGCGGGGGCCGUUCCGCGACGACUCCCCGGACGGCGUUUCUCCUCCGAGCGACGCGGCUUCUCGUCUGUGGGGGGGGCGGGGGUCCAGUCCAUCCAUGACCAUGGGCGACAAGAAGAGCCCGACCAGGCCCAAAAGGCAAGCGAAACCUGCCGCGGACGAAGGCUUUUGGGAUUGUAGCGUCUGCACCUUCCGAAACAGCGCGGAAGCCUUCAAAUGCAGCAUCUGCGACGUGAGGAAAGGCACCUCCACCAGGAAACCUCGCAUCAAUUCUCAGCUGGUGGCACAGCAAGUGGCUCAGCAGUAUGCCACCCCACCACCCCCUAAAAAGGAGAAGAAGGAGAAGGUGGAAAAGCCGGACAAAGAGAAAGCUGAGAAGGACAAGGAGAUUAGUCCUAGUGUCACCAAGAAAAACACCAACAAGAAAACCAAACCAAAGUCUGACAUUCUGAAAGACCCUCCUAGUGAAGCUAACAGUAUACAGUCUGCAAAUGCUACGACAAAGACCAGUGAAACGAAUCACACCUCAAGGCCCCGGCUGAAAAAUGUGGACAGGAGCACGGCACAGCAGUUGGCAGUGACUGUGGGCAAUGUCACCGUCAUUAUCACAGACUUUAAGGAAAAGACUCGCUCCUCCUCAACAUCCUCCUCCACAGUGACCUCCAGUGCAGGGUCCGAGCAGCAGAACCAGAGCAGCUCGGGCUCCGAGAGCACAGACAAGGGCUCCUCCCGCUCCUCCACGCCCAAGGGCGACAUGUCGGCAGUGAACGACGAAUCUUUCUGAAGUUGCACAUGGGGUUGUGAAAACUCUGAAUCAGGGUAUGAAAUUCCAGUGCUCCACCUGCCCAUGCCGCGUGCACCUGGAGCAUCUUCUGCGGACACCGACCUCUUAGUGAUGCUGCCAUGGGCAUCUGGCCACCGCGGGAUUUCACACCCUGGCGAUUACUCUUGACACUUUUAUGUAUUCCAUUGUUUUAUAUGAUUUUCCUAACAAUCAUUUAUAAUUGGAUGUGCUCCUGAAUCUACUUUUUAUAUAAAAAAAAAAAUCUGCUGUGCACAAAUU